GGUAUCAUAUUGGUGAUAGCAGAAGUCAACGGGCAGACCUAAGAACAAGAGUCAGCAACCAUUUAAGAAGACGGCAUUGGCUUUAAAUCGCAGACGUCAACAGUUCAAGCAACGCCAGGUGAAGAUUUCGAUUAAAUAUUACCCUUGGUUUUCAUCAGAAUAGAUUGUCUUUUUCUUGAAAGAAAGAACAACGUGGUAGUCCAAGCUGAAGUUAGAAAAUUACAGGAAAAUUGGUUCCUCUGACAGAAAAUUGUGACGGGUUAACUUGAUAGUGCUGACAUAAUUCUUGUAAUAACUCGCAUCGAGGUUCCGACACCUACCCAAAGACGUGGAAUUUCAAACAGGACUUCAAGUUAGUGAUAGAAAAUCGUUAUAUUAUUAAGAAAUAAUCAUUAGCCUUUCGAAUAGACUUUGAUAUUGGUCAACGAUGGCGUGCUGUCAGUGCAGUGUGAUAAUCAGUGUGAUUAUGACUGGGACGUGGUGUGCUCUUUUCGUUGGCACGGUUCACUCGCAGAUGGCAAAUGGCUACGACGAUGUCAACCAGUGGCAUCGCGACGAUGCAAUCACUGCAGACCAACAACCCAAUUUCUAUGUCACCAACAAUGGGCAGGUGGACGAGAAGAGAGCUUCGUUCAACGACAAGCUCCGUGGACUCCGCCGACUGAGCAGGAUCAUCGACGAACUUCGCUUCGAAAGCGCCAUCCGCCCGGCCAAGAAGAGCCCCGAGGUCAUUGACGAGUUGGACAAUGCGAAUGGCAACGGCGGGAAGCUGGUAUCAACGGGUGACGCGAUUCCCCUGUCAUCCGAUGGGCCGAGAAACCUGGCUCCCUCUCAAGGAUUGGUCGAAGAGGACAUGGAAAAGACACCGACUGCAGAGGAAGAAGGGUGGAAGCUGAGGCGAGUUCCGGACACCCUGUCUCAGGUCGGUGUUACUGUAAGAGAAGGUGAUGAUCACCGGGUGGACAUGCCAAAAAGGGGUGGAGAUGCUGAUUCUCUGGUUCUUGAGCCAUUCAGGCAGAGGAAUCGAGAGAGCAGAAGAAGAUGGGGCGGCAAGGCAUAUCGUCCACAACCGUUUGGGAUUGGGCUGUUCGGGAAGAGAAGUGCUGAAGCAUCAAGAACCGACCAGACUGGGGAUCUUGUUGACACCAUUAAUAAAAUUCUCACUGACGUCAAUCAACCAGCCAGACAAAUGUGAAAAGAUCUGAAGAUAAGCCGAAAUAACCAGCCUAUCAUCAGUAUCCAUAGCAAUCUUUUCAACAUCUACUAUUCAAUGAUAUGAAUUGUGCUCAUUUCAAUGCUGUGUUCAUAAAUAAAUGGUAUUUAACCAAAUUUUAGGCUUCUUUGGAAUUGAAGUUUUGGGGACUUUCAGUGGUUUCUUACACUUCAAUUUAAUAUAAGAAUCAUGAUCAAAACGCCUAAACGUGGUUACUAUGGGAGAGCGUUUAAGUGGUGUUUAUCUACGCUGAUUCCCCACAUUUCGAGAAGGACAUCACCUUAGUAUACACUGCGCAAUUUGACCAAUGAAAAGAGUUCAACUUAAAGUGCGCCUAAUAUCAGAACUAGUAGUCGACCGCUAUUACAUUUAGAAUAAUGAUUGAGAUAGCGUAUAAGCAAUAUCAUCUGCAUAGCUUCGAAAUGUUACCUUUUACUAGCGCUUCUUUUGCAUUUUAAAUGACGUAAUUUUGGAAGACCGAAAAUCGCUUGAAAAUGAUCAUGUUGUAUACUAAGCGUCUUUGAAAACGCGAUUUUAGGUUUAAAGCGCUUAAACGCUUCUUGAAGCUCGUUACUAUUGAGUCACAACCACAUGUAUUUAAGCAAAGUUAAAUUGAUAUUAUCAUGGCUGCCACCUGAUGAAUAGACAUCACUGGGUAUGAUGAAAAAUACCAGAUUUAUUUUUAUAAAGCUAUUUUGUUGAGAAAGGUGUACAUUUUCUACUUAUAUGCAUGGUUUCAUAAAGCUGUUCCACCCGACUAUACGAAAGCCAGGUAUACAUUGCAAAAACUCUGCUGUUGAUUUAACACCAGCCCGGAAUCUAUAUAUGUCCACACCAGAGAAGUGUUAAACAACACCAGUUUCGUUUUGGUCUAACACCAGAUAGAUGUUUAUACAACACCAAUUAGUAUCAAAACAGCAUCGGUUUGAAUCCAAACUGGUGUUGUUUCAAUACUUCUCUAGUGUGUUAAAUCAACACCGGAGUUUUUUGCAGUGUAUAAUCAAAGUGCCCCCCUAAAAGAAUGUUUGCACAAGGGAAAGCAGUCCUUUGAAUUCAGUUGUAACACCUUUAGGAAACACCCCAAGAACAACUAUUACUCCUGUUAAAUCAGAAUAUGAAGUAUACCUUUACCGAUUCUUCUUAAAAAUGAAAAUCAAAAUUCAUAAUUUAUUGUUCGAUAUUGAAUUCAGGCGAAGAAAUACUCCGAAAAUAUUCCAUGCUACCACUUGUGACCAUCAUGGUAAUAAAAUAUAUUUUGCACACAAUCAGAGCAGUCGCAAAUAGUCGCUGGAUCAAUUGCUAAAGAUAAUGAAAGUAGAAAUUUGAUUUUUUUUUUGCUCGUGGUGAAAUGUUAUAAAAUAUUAUUAGCAGAUAUAUACUAUAGAUAUUGAAUCCUAAUUCCUUAAAGUAUUUGCACAUAUUUUUUUUUUAAAUCAACCUACACAUGUAUUAACUAUGUCAUUAAACACAAUUGCAUACCUUCAGAUACCCACCAUCCAAAACACUCCUUACUUCAAUGUAGAUCUUUCACGCUUUUACAAAAAAAUACGACUACAAUGAAAGAAGAUCGCGAUUUAAUCACAUUUUAUGCUUAUGUGUUUAAUAGGAUAAGCUGGUACGCAUUAUGUGUUUAACAAUCUUGCGUAUAAACGCAACACUCAAUGAUGGCGCAGUUACAUUUCCUCUUUUCACAUUACAGCCGUACGGCGAGUCGAAAACAGCCGUUUAAACAUUUUUUUUUGCACCAGGUAGCCUACAUAUACAUGUAGGCGGUUUGAAUAAUAAUGAAUAAAACUGCUGUUUUCGACUCGCCGUAGGAGAAAUGUUACCGCAGUAUUAGGUGCCCAUGUAAAAUCAUUAUUGGUCACUGACCCGAUGGAAGCCAAUUUAUUGUAAAGCGUAGGUGAUGAUGCUAAGCCUUUAUUUGUCGCCUACCAGUAUAUAGAAGAGUAGCCAUACUUGCAAAUCAUGGCCUAUUCUAUCUGUAUUAAAAUUAACAAAAAUAUAUGUAGGAGUUUUCAGAAAUGCAGUAUAAUAUGUAAAUAGAAUUAACCUGUUUGAUAUGUAAUAUUGUACAUUGUGAGAAUCAAUAAAUUUGAAUACGAAUC